AUGAAACGAGCCCACGCUGCAUUGUUGAUGUACAAACAAGCCAUGGACAUGGAGGACGACGGUGAUCUAGAUUCCGUAAGUAUGGAACAAAAGUCUGAGGAAACGUGGUCAAUUGCCCGUCAGGAAGCUGCAAUGGAGUUACGUGAACUCUUUGAUGAAUUUGAUUGGUGCUUAAGAGUUCUCGAGAAGCUUGAAUGCAAGAGAUCAGUGAGCAGUCUGACAAUGCGCAAGUUUUGCAGUAUGCUGAGUCGUGAAUUGUCUACAUCAUUCUCGACGAGUGACGCUUUCACCGGCACGAUGGCAAGUGAAGCGAACGAAGAGACAAUGUCACGCGAGGAGUCAGCAGAUGCUGUGGCUACCAGCGUCGAGAAUAUGAAGACAGAAUUUCGCAAAGACACACCGCAAGAGCGAUUAGAUGGAUUCCGGCCUUAUUUAUCGCAGAAUACCAAUCGAGGACAUCUCAGUGCCCAGUCCACUGCGUCAAGUCAAAUUUGCGACUACAUUUACGGUACAUUUGUGGAGGAUGACGAGAUCACUGAGUUGGAGCUAGCCACGAAUAACACCGGAAAUGAUUCCAAACGGUUGAAUCGGAAGGCACAAACAAGUCAAAUUCCAUCCGAUGAAUAUUCCUGCUGCGAGACAAACAGUCAAUCAAAGACAGUGCAGUCAGAAGAAUGUUUGAAAGAAAAAUCGGAUAUUCCGAAAUAUUUAAUAAGCCUUUGGAAUGAAGCGGGGUCCACAUUUGACAAGCAAAACGUGCUAGAUUUUAUCCAGUCAUAUCAAGACUCCUACUCUCCCGAUCUUUUCAACCUACACACACUGAGUUGCUGUCACACACUGAGCACAUUCGGACUGUACACGUUGAUGAAACGCGACAUUUUAAACAAGCUGCUCAUUUCAACAAGGAAAAUGCAUCGAUGUUUGACAAGGGUCGAGGCGCUGUACAAUCAGACUGCUCCAUUUCAUAAUUCAAUUCAUGCUACGGAUGUGAUGGUUUCCAUGGAUUAUCUGUUGCGCCUCAAUGGACUAGAGACUUCGUUUACGGAUCUAGAGAUAUUUGCCACAUUAUUCGCUUGUGCUGUUCAUGAUAUCGAUCAUCCUGCUGUUACAAAUCAAUUCUUGAUCAACACAAAUGACGAACUUGCUCUCUUGUACAACGACAACUCCGUGCUUGAAAAUCAUCACCUUUAUGUAAUCUUCAAUCUGAUGCACAAAGAACCGGAUUGCGACAUAACCGACUCUUUCACAGCACAACAGCGAGCGCUAUUUCGGAAGAUGAUCAUUAGCCUAGUACUUUCUACUGACAUGUCAAAACACAUGAACCUUUUGGCGGACCUGAAAACUACGUUGGAGAGUCAACGAGCAGCCGGUUUCAAUGAGUUUCAGUUAGAUAACUAUUCGUCACGGAUACAAAUCUUACAGUGCCUAGUUCAUGCUUCCGAUCUGAGUAACCCUACAAAACCACUCCCAUUAUAUCAACAAUGGGUUGACCGGAUAACCGAAGAAAUGUUCCAACAGGGUGAUCGUGAAAGAGAGGCAGGAUUGGAAAUUAGCCCCAUGUGCGACCGGCGGACUGCGUGUGUGAAGGCAAACCAGAUUGGAUUUAUCGACUACGUUGUAUAUCCACUCUGGGAGACAAUCAGUGAACUGUUACAACCCGAAGCUUUAUUUUUAUUGGAAGCGAUUCAGGCAAAUCGAGAUUGGUGUACAAGUACGAAGGUUACCAAACCCGUGUCUUGA